AAAAUAUUUCUUUAAAGCUUACUAAAUGGUUUAUUUUCGCAUUUGUUUUCCCCUACUACCAAACCGGUGUUCAUCGUCUUUCAUCUCAGUCUACCUCACGCGUGAGAUUGUUUGACCUCAUUGUUUGUAACUGAAUAUAUUGGGACAAGUUCUUUGUGUUUCCCUCCAAAUAUUUCACGAUGCCGCUUCUCCGGCGACAGCCAUUUCACAGAAUCAGACCACCACCCGAUCUAAACCCAGACGAAGAAGUGUUUCACUGUAAAUUAACAAAUGAGAUAUUCCGCGAUUAUGAAGACUUUUUCGAGAGAGUAAUUUUAUGUAACAGUCUAGUAUGGUCUUGCUCCAUCACUGGGAGAGCUGGCUUCACAUAUCAAGAAGCAUUGGAAUGCGAAGAGAAAGCUCUCAAGAAUUUGGCCACUUUCCCCAGUUACCUUCAGAGGCCAAUUCUCUUCCUGGCCAGCCUGACCCACAGAAGUCGCCUGAAUGACAUGAACGAUGACAUCUUUGUCUUCACGAAAGACCGAUACUUCAUUGACGAGAUGGUGGAAGUGAUGCUAGGCAAUGAAAGGAAGACCUGCAAGGUGCUGAGAGUGGUUCCCCCUGCAGCCUCGGUACCAGAAGUCAAUGGAUGCAUUAUUAUCGACUCGGAUGAAGAAGAAGCAAGUGCCAAGUCAAAAGCGGUGACUCUGAAGGCUGAUCAGUAUAAGUAUGUGGUGCAAGAGAAAGGAAAAACCAACAUAACUAUAACCGUACCAGCUAAACAUGUUAGUCGUAAAAAAGGAGUAUACACAAGAGACAAAAGUAAGCUGUACUUAAAACAGUUCUGUGAGUCAGUGCUGGGAAUAUGGAGAGUAAAGGAGUCAGCCAUAAAGAAGAAGGGCCUGAAGGACUGUUCCUUCUCGGACUUUUUUGCGGGCCCCCCUCCAGCGUUUGGUUAUUCUGAGAGCAAGAGGAAGUCGGCUGGGCGUAGGGAGGAAGACAGCGUGAACAGCUCCGACGUCUCGGGACUCAUCUCCUCAAAGUCCCCAAAGAAAAAGAGGGAGGACAAGAGGAAAGACAAAGAAAGAGUGGAAAAAGUUGAACAACCAGAAGAGCCAGAGAUGCCCAGACUGACAAAUGAGGAAAAGGCGGCCAUCAAAGAGCAAUUCAAACAGCAGAAACUGGCCGAGAAAAUGGCACUGAAAGAGGAGAUCAAAAAGAAACGUCAGGAAGAGAUGCAGAAGAAGAGGGAGGAAAAGGCUCUGGAGAAGGCCAAGUUGAUGGAAGAGAGGAGGAUCCAGGCCGAGAUAUACAAGGAGUGGAGUCGCCAACGUGACGAUCUCGAGUGUGACGAUCUCAAGCCCCUGCCGGAGCUGAAGGUGGUCCAGACCCACAUACAGAGUGGUUCUUUUGGAGACGCUCUGAUGGUUCUAGAGUUUAUCAACUGCUUCACCUCUCUGUUUGAUCUAAGGGAAUACUUCCCUAAAGGAUUCACAUAUGAGAUUCUGGAGAGAGCGUUACUGGAGACAGAUCACAAUGGCGUCCUGACGGACAUUCUUCUGAUGAUGAUGUCGGCCAUCUUUACUUUACAGGAAGAGGAGGAAGCUGAGGAGGAGGAGCUCUCUAAGGAAGACAAGGCUAAUCAAGUGACAGGGAUGGAGGAUAUGGAUGACACAAUGGAUAUGGAGAAUAUGAUGGACACAGCUACAAUGUGUGCCCAGAUCCCACAACUAACACAUGGGACACUGUUGAGGAAGCUGCCUCUUGACUCCUUCACCUUGUCUGAGAUCGUCCGACUCCACAUCCUGGCCUCGGGAGCCAAAGUCAGCGAUAAAAACGUCAAGUACCGCUACCAGCAGCGAGGGGGAUACACUUCACUGGACGACCCGGGGCUGCAGUUCAGGAAACAAGAGCCCACGCUGAUGAAACUUCUGGCCACAGAGAGUGUGUUCGACUUACAACCAAGUGAUAAGCUGAAAAUCCUGAAUCUGUUGGUCCAGCAGUUUUUGACAUACGCUGCCACUAGGGACACAAUUGAGGAUAAUUAUGACAAGCUGAGACAGCUCAAGUAUGACCUACGACAUCUACAGUGGGCGGAGCAAAGGAGAGAGAAGGAGGAGCUAGCCAUGAGGUACAAAAAAAGAUUGGAAGAGAAACAAAGGGAGAGAGAAAAAGCAGAGCAGAGAAGACAGAAACAUCUGAGGGAGCUGGAGGAGAGGAUGAAAAGGGAAGAGGCAGGGGAGACAGUUGACGAUGAUGUGAAGAUCAUGGAAGAAGAGGAUGAAGAUGAUGAUGAUGUUGCCAUGGCAGAGGAAGAGAAGGAAGCCCAGAGACAGAGAGAGGAGGAGGAGGAUGCCAACAAGAAGGCAGAGUUUGCCCUCCAGGAGAGACAGAUGAUUGACAGGGUCCUCCGUCUCCAGCACUCCUGUACCCUGGCUCCCCUGGGAAGGGACCGGAUGUUCAGGCGGUACUGGGUCUUCCAGUCCGUACCCGGGCUCUUUGUCGAGGAUCAGGAGGAAUUGGUAGACGACAGAGGCUGGGAGAUUGCUCCACAGAAAGUCACAUUACCUGUUGUGAAACCCGCACAGAUGCCCAAGUCUGAAAAAUCGGAGGAACACAGUAACGGGAGUGAUAAGGAGAACGAGUCCAUGAAUACGUCCACCGCUAAUAAUAGUAUUAACACCAGUCAAAACCUCUCAACCGGAAAUCCUAACGACACAGCUGAUCCAAGUGAUUUACCUCAAAAUACUCGCGACAAGAAGAACGACGAUGACGCCAUUACAAUAAGUGACGAUGAAAACUCCAAGUCGGCCUCUGUGAAAGAAGACACAGAGGAAAAUGAGGCAGUGACGCAAAUUAAAACACGCAAGAAAAACACUUGGAUGUUCUUAACAAAUAUUGAACAAUUUCAUGACUUACUUAACUCUCUCAAUGAGAGAGGAUUCAGAGAAAGUGCUUUGAAGACAGCUUUGUUAGAGCGGAAGAAUGUGAUUGUUGAAAAUAUAGAGGAAUGCCCCUCGGACAUUCUCUAUCAGUCUGUCACUGCUAGCCUUGCCAGGGAGGAGUUGCGCUCAGAAUCGCCCUCGGAGUUAACAUUUAAAUCGACAAGGACGGGACCAAAGAGGAUGUCCAAGGGUUUGAUUAAAAAUAACAGUGCUCAGGAGAUGCUGGAGAUUAACCUACGGGAGCUGCUGCUCGACUUAGAGGAGAGGAUCCAUGUCGGAAGUCUGGGGAAAAUAAAGGUAAAUGACCGACUGGCCUGGAGAAGUGCGAUAGAGAAGGGGAGUUAUGAUCCACAAACUGAAGAUCCUGUGUUUCAGAAACAUGACAUCAGCUUCAAUGAAGGUGAUGAUGAUGAUAAAUCGAUCUCCGAUGAGGAAACUCGGGAGUCAGUGGUCAAGGAUCUCUCAAAGGCCCUCCUACAGAUUGCUAUGGGUGUAGAACACAAAUACAUGGGACCCCCACUAGGAGUCACAGAUGUUAAAUCAAAGGCUGGUGUGAAGAAGAAGGACGCUAAAAAAUCGGAGGACGGGGGCUCUGACGAUGAGGACAGUAAACAGGAGGAGCCCGUUAUGGAGAAGUCGACCAUGGAGCGCUGGGAGGACUCGGUCCUCUUCUGUUCCAGUCUGGCUCAGGUCUUCCUCCACCUCUCCACGCUCGAGAAGAGCAUCAUCUGGCAGAAGUCCGCGCUUCACGCCCGCUGUAGAAUUUGUCGACGGAAAGGCGACGCCGAACAGAUGCUGCUGUGUGAUAAGUGUGACCGGGGUCAUCAUAUGUACUGUCUGAAACCCAGGCUGAAGCAUGUUCCUAAGGGUGACUGGUUUUGUCCAGAUUGUAAGCCUAAGGAGACCAAGAGAAGCCCGCUAAAACAGAGAAGGAGGACGUUUACCGAGAACGAGUCCGAGGACGAAGAGGACAUUGAGGAGGAUGAGGAGGAGGACAGUGAUGAGGAGAUGUUGGAGCAGUCAGAUGAAGAAGAGGAGGAGACUGACAAUGUUUGUGCCGUGUGUAGUACGGGGGGAACACUGGUCUGCUGUGACUCCUGUCCCCUCGUCUACCACCUGGACUGUGCCAUCCCCCCACUUAAAAAGGUCCCCCGUGGCAAGUGGCAGUGUCAACUAUGUACGGGGAUCACCACCACAGGGAAAAUAAAACUGCCCAAAGCUAAAGCUGGUAAGAAGAAAUCCCAGACUAAGAGUACGCCAAACUCAAGUCGAGCCUCGUCACGGAAGGGAAGUCCACGCGACAGUCCGCUGACCGUCAAACCAGGAAAGAAGCGAGACUGGGAGGAAACGGACGACGAUCUGACGCCGAAAUCACGCGGAAAGGGACGACCCAAGUCUAAACUGUCCGACGUUAACGGAGGUUAAUUACAUUUA